UUCCCUUCAGCGCGCCCGGCCGCAGCCCAGUGCGUGAAGAGCGCAGAGCAGCGCAGCGGAGACACUGUCCACUGUGUCCUUCACCGCCGGGAUUACUGUUUCCUCUCAGCCUGAACAGACCUGCUCUCUAUAUGAAGCUUGGUUCUUCUCCGUGAUUUCUUCGCCAUGAGCUGCUUGGAUGUGAUGUACCAAGUGUUUGGUCCCCAGCCUUAUUUCAGCUCCUACAGCCCCUAUCACCACCAGAAACUGGCCUUGUAUUCCAAAAUGCAAGACCCCCAGGACAGUGCCAGCCGGCUCGGCCCCCUGGGCCCCCCGGCAAUCAAAGAGGAGGACAAGGAGCUGCCACCGGGCGCCGAGUACCUGAGCUCCCGCUGCGUUCUCUUCACUUACUUCCAGGGAGACAUCAGCACCGUGGUGGACGAACACUUCAGCCGAGCCCUCAGCCACACAACUGCAUACCCUGCCUCAAGCAGCCACAAGGCCGUAAGAGAUGGAUCAUUCCCUAUGAGCCAGAGAAGUUUCCCUCCGUCUUUCUGGAACAGCUCCUACCAGCCGUCGGUGUCCUCCACGCUGGGCAGCGCUCUGUCAGCUCCCCACACAGAGCUCCCCUUCCCUGGGGACCCGUACUCCUCCGCCUCCCUUCACAGCCACCUCCACCAACCCAGCCCCGAUGCCUGGCACCCAUCCCAUCACCACCACCAUCACCACCACCACCCUUACUCACUAGGGAGCGCUAUAGGCACCCAAGGAUCAGCAUACCCACGUCCAGGGGGACACGAGAUGUACGGCACAGCAUUCGACCCCCGCUACGGUUCUCUUCUGGUGCCAUCAGUGAGGCCUCAUCACCGCCUGACGUCCGGCAGCUCGGUACCGGGGCCCAGCGCCUCGCCCUGUGACCUGGGAGGGAAGGGGGAGUCCGGGACGGGUUCAGCCUGGAGCGGUGCCUUCACCGGAGCCGGAGCAGAGAUCGGACUCAACAUGGACACAGGUCUGCAGGCACAGGAUAAGAGCAAGGAUUUGUAUUGGUUUUAGCGACUGCUGAGACUCUUCCCCCCUCUUCACUCCUACUUCAGCUGUAGCCUCUUUCCUCCACUCCUGCUCUACUCUGUUGCUCUGCUGCUGUUAUGGAAUGACUGACAGAGAAACUGAAAAUCGGUCAGACGUCAGUUUUGUGCUAUAACAGCUUCUGGUCUAAUUGCAGCUCGGUGUUACGGCGGACUGUGCAGCAGCAGCACAGCCCUGCUGAGCUGAAAGCUGACAGUGUGGAUACAAAGCAAGCGUGGAAACAAAAGUGGACUCGCGGAGGAGAGAGAGAAUCUGAUCUUGACGGAUGAGGACAAAGACAAGACUCUUUGUGCUUCUGUAACAGGCAGGGACAACAUUCCUAAACUGGAAAAAGUCUGGGGACAGACGGACAGAAACAUGUGUUGUCAAACUCCAAAGACAAGCGCUCGAAGGACUUGGCAGAACUUGCCUCACUGGGACAACUGGGCUACAGACACCGAGAGUGUUAUGGCUGGAGGAAAGGCCGUGUUGGUGUUGAGGAGGCCGCACAGCAAGAAUUUGGCAGACGGCGAAGGCUGGAGGAGUCCAAACACUUUGGUUUACAUGGAGUAUUGGUUCAGUGUCAACUGAAAAAAAACUGUCAGAAUUUGUUUUGGCACAGCAAAAGUUAAACUAAACAGUUUUGGAUGGUUUUCAACUAAUAAACAUAUUUAAGCAAUGAUUUCAUUAAGUGUUUCAAGUAACAGCUAAAACAACUCAAAUUCCAUACUGUGUACAAACUCCAAGCAGGUUUUGAGCAUAUUGAAACAAGAUAAAGCGUAGUCUGUAUGCAUACUAAAUCCUCUUGAUUUCCGAGUUGCAUUUGAUGUACUCUAUUGUCCCACAAUGCAAUGCACAAAGGAAACAGAGGAGCUGCUGACAGUUGAAAAUGCACUGGAGAGACAGCUCCAGGAAGAUCUUAGAAAACAGAUAAUAAUGAUUAAGUCUUUGUUUUUAUCUUUGUAAAGUUUAAAUGACAGUGGUGACUGAUAUCCAUUGGGGCAUGUACUGCUUCCAUUCCUGUUAGUACAGUUAAUUAUACUGAUUUCUUGUACAAGUUCACAGUGUAAUGUGGCAAAUAUGGCAAUUUGUAUAUACAAUAGAGCAUACGGAUACUGUUAAUUUGUAGUAUGGAAUUUGGACUCACUUGUCUCAGUAAGAUGUUACAAUGACUAGGAUGUAAACAUGUAUUUGGUGAUUUGCAAGUCAAAUAACAUCUUGAUGACGAUGUUUA